AUGGGCGUUCAGGUUUUCUCACUUGAAGGAAUACUUGAUGCAGUUCCUGGUCUUCAGACAUUGUAUAAGGCAACGUGCCCAUUCAUGUACUUUCGGAAUGAAGCAAAUGAUGCUGUUGAAAGUUUGGCAACUCAUGACGUAUUCUUAUCCGAGAUACCAUUUGAACUAGAAGAAGAGAAGACAUGGCGCAAAUAUCCUACAUUUCCACACCCACCGUUAUUGGUAGCUGUUGGAACGUGUGAUGCUGUGGUGGUGCGUUGGCGAAGCUUUGAGACCCUUUUGUGGCCCGUCGAACGUUUUGUGCUUCAACGAUACCCGGGACGCGAAAAUAAGCCACAGUGGAGCACACUGCUGGACAAAAAUACGUCAGAAUUUGUGGACUUAGAUGUACAAUGCGGACGUCGAUACGGAUACCGCAUACAGGCCCUCAGUAGAGACAAUGCGGCGAGCGCGUUCGAGUACCAAUGGACAAAACUCGAUCGAGUCAAGAUUGACAGCAGAACAUUGUGCCGAUUAUCAACUACUUUGCUCGAUUCCGCUGAAACGUUUAAGCUAGAAGGACUUCGCUCUCUCUGGCUUAUUGUUGCAUGCUUUUUGACGGUAUAUGGUAUCAUGCGCGCAAGUGUCGUGGGUGUCCAGGGCACGGAGUCUCGUAGCUCUCGUCUUAAGCGAAUCAAAAAGUCGUCGGAGGGAGCUACGUUUGUAGUCAAUACUUCUGUGUUACCAAGGCAGUCGUCAGUGUCGAUGUCGAGCACAUCUCCAUCUAUGGCAGUUGUUCCCGGCCAGCGUGGCAGUAUGGUUGAUGCGAGCCCCUCGAUUCCAACCGACACGACAGGCGGCUUAAUGCGUGGACACAGUAGCAUAGACAGUAUGGUGCCGCUAGAGUCGGCUCACACAUCCAGUCCAAGCACGUUCCGGCCUAUGUCGCGCUCCAUUGGUGUCGUUGACGAGAUAGCCACCGGAUGCGAGCAUUGUGGCAAACGCUUUGGACUUUUUCGGAGGCGGCAUAUAUGCGAUAUUUGCCACUCGGUCUCGCUGUGCCGCAAGUGUGGCUAUCAGGCCACGGUGGACAGCUUUGCCAACGCCGGAACCGACACACAGACGAAUUUUUGGAUAGGCAACGAUAGAGCGAGCACUGGGUGUCGUGGUAUGGACCGAGGUCGCUCGAGUCUGGGCCAGCAGCAUCAAAAGAAGCUUAAGAUCCGCACUAUUUGCAGAAAUUGUUGCGACGAGGUGUAUCGGUACUCGACACAUGCAAGUGUGAGACCGUCUUAUAUCUUACCUGAGAUACCAGCACAGCGUUUGUAA